AUUUUCAGAAAAAAGUGUGAGACGACAAACAUUGAAAUGUUAAGAUUCAGAAACAGAACCUAAACGUUGGCAGCCAUUCUAAUUCUUUCUCUCAGUUUCACUUCCGCUGGGCGGCGCUCCUCUCCGCUUCCUCACUUUGAUCUUUCAACUCUCCUCUUUCAAGGAGCUGUUGGGGGGUCGUACCACAGUUGUAUAUUUAUUGGUGGACAUUUUGAUCUUUGGUUGUGGUGGUCUGGGGCUCUUAGUUGUUUGGUUCUUAGCUUCAUUCCUCUUCUUGUAGGUAGGGCUUUUGUGCAUUAUAUGUAUGCUUUUUUGUAAGAGUGAAAUCCAAACUAAAGAGCAUGCAGAAGGAUAACACUAGCACCCCAUUAACACCAACUGGUCGGGUUCGACAUCGAAGACGUUCAAAUGAGGUUGUUCCAGAUGUUAGUAUAGCCAAUGGAGGCAAUUUACUUGUUGAUGACAGUAACAAGUACAGGUCUAUGUGGAUACGGGCAUGCUCUUCUGUUUGGAUGAUUGGGGGAUUUGCAUUCAUUAUAUAUAUGGGUCAUCUCUGUAUUACUGCUAUGAUAGUUGUUAUCCAAAUCUUUAUGGCGAAAGAGCUGUUCAACCUACUAAGGCGAGACCAUGAAGAGAGGCAUCUCCCAGGAUUUAGGCUGUUAAAUUGGCUCUUCUUCUUCACUGCCAUGUUAUUUGUAUAUGGUCGCAUUCUCAGUCAACGGCUUUUUAAUACAAUAACUUCGGACAACUUUCUCCAUCAGUUUGUUAGCAGCCUUAUUAAGUAUCAUAUGGUUAUCUGCUACACCUUAUAUAUCGCAGGUUUUGUGUGGUUCAUCAUUACAUUGAAGAAGAAGAGGAUGUACAAAUAUCAAUUUGGUCAGUAUGCAUGGACACACAUGAUCAUGAUUAUUGUGUUUACGCAGUCCUCUUUCACAGUAGCCAACAUUUUCGAAGGAAUUAUCUGGUUUCUUCUUCCAGCAACACUUAUAGUUAUCAACGACAUUGCUGCAUAUUUCUUUGGGUUCUUUUUUGGAAGAACCCCAUUGAUCAAAUUAUCUCCAAAAAAAACUUGGGAGGGAUUCAUUGAUGCUUCUGUUACAACUGUCAUAUCUGCAUUUUUGUUAGCAGACAUCAUGAGUCGUUAUCAGUGGUUGACAUGCCCAAGGAAGGAUUUAUCAAGUGGUUGGCUUCAAUGUGAUCCCGGUCCCUUGUUUAAGCCUUACUCUGUUAUCUUACCUGGAUGGGUUCCUCAAUGGUUUCCUUGGAAAGAAUUCUCAGUGUUUCCUGUUCAAAUCCAUGCCUUAGCCUUUGGUUUAUUUGCAUCGAUAAUAGCACCUUUCGGAGGCUUCUUUGCUAGCGGGUUUAAGAGAGCUUUCAAAGUCAAGGAUUUUGGCGAUAGUAUUCCUGGGCAUGGUGGAAUUACAGACAGAAUGGAUUGUCAGAUGGUGAUGGCCGUAUUCUCAUACAUCUAUCAUCAGUCAUUUAUCGUGCCUCAGGGUAUCUCAGUUGAGAUGAUCUUGGACCAGAUACUGAUGAAUCUCACUUUCAAGGAGCAACAAGCUCUGUACAUAAGACUUAAAGAUAUGUUGCACGAGAGACUGAUUGGGCAGUCUUAAGUUCAGCAUCUAUGGCGGUCACUUGCUAGACUGGUCUCUAUGAAUGUGUAGAGAGCACAGAUUUUUAAUGGAAAUGUCAUGUAAUUUGUAUUUUGUAGCUGUAUUUUGUUUUUGGAGUGCAAUCCCCCACACCACUCAAAGGUGGAGGCGUUUGUCACCUGCAUCCACACCACGCUCUGUAUAGUCUUUCUCUCAGGCAAUUGGGUUGACGAUUCCCACCACAAGGAGAAAUUAAAUGCUUCUACUUUUGUUUUAGCUAGUUACUUGUUUUGGUUUUGGUCUAAUUUUUUGGGAGGGAAUCUAAUUAUUGUUGGAUUUAACCUACUUUACCUUAUAUUUUGUUGUUUUAUUUGGUUAUCUUCAUAUUUAUAAUGAAUAUGAGCCAAUUAUGGCAAGCAAUUGAUUAGGACGGGGGGAUUUGGUUGUGGGAGGAACUCAAAUCAUAAAGUAGAGUUUUCUCUUUGUAUUUGGACAUGUAUAAUAAACAUAACUGUUUAUAAGAUCUUUUUAGUUUAA